CCGCAGCCAAACACAGCCCUCACCACCCGUUUCUUCUUUCCCAGGCCUAGAGUAAUACGAAAAAACUUCCCUCACAAGGCGCGAGUCCAUCGCAAGACGGAGGAGCUGCUCUGCUCUCUCUCCACUCUCCACUCUCACUACCCUUUUUCCCCCUCUCUCGAGUCUUAGUUUUUCACUUUUCUCUCUUUUUUGGGUUCGGCGACGGCAACGAACGCAGUGAUCGACGAGGCUGUUCAUUGGAAUUCUCUUUUCCGAGACACGGCGGCGAUGGAUCUCGACACGGCGGUGGCUCCACCGGGUUCAACCAAUAAGAAACUCAAACAGAACGACGCUGGUCACUGGGAUGCAAUUGGUGUUGGAGAUGGAGAUCCAACCAAUGGGUUGAUUGAAAAUGAAUAUAUUGAUGUUUCUGCCAAGGGCAAAUCAAAAUUGUAUGAUAAUGAUGAUGAUACAUUGCAGCAUGGCAAGAAUAAGGAUGCUGGUUUGGCGGUGGUUGGCGGUAAUCAUGCAAAGAGUUCACCGUCUGGUUCGGAUGAUCCAAACAAUAUUAUCACUUCCAAUUCUGAUAUUUUGUAUCACGAUGAUGACGAGGAGGAGCUUGCUGGCGACUAUGAAGAUGAGUAUGGCGAUGAAGAUUAUGCUGAGUAUCUGUCUGAUUAUGAUGUCAAUGAUGGUGAUAUCUAUGAAGACGAUUAUUUGAAGCUUCAAUCUCAGUUUGAUAAUGUGGAUCUUCCCACUGGGGUGGAAGUAUCUGUUCCCUGGAUAACCGAACCUUCUCAAAAUGUAGCUUCCAUCCCAAGCACUACAGUUACCAAUGGUCAUGCUGAAGUCACAGGAAAAGUGAGCAGUGAUUCUAGCCCUUCUGAUGAUAAAGGUCUGGUGGCAUCUAGUAGUAGUACUACAUCAGUACCCAAUGGCGAGUCAAGUUCUUGUAAUAAGGUAGAGGAAAGUGCAGAAAAUAUCAUUGAAAAGCUCAAGAACUUUAAAACAUUUGAUACGGUUGAAGAUUUCUCGGAUCAUCACUAUGCUCGCUCUGGAGAGCAGGCGGUGCCAGCCAAAAAUUGGGCCAAGAAAAUCCAGGAGGAAUGGAAGAUUCUUGAAAACGACUUACCUGAGACUAUAUUUGUCAGAGUUUAUGAAUCAAGAAUGGAGCUUUUGAGAGCUGUCAUUAUAGGACCGGCUGGUACUCCCUACCACGAUGGCCUCUAUGUGUUCGACUGCAUUUUCCCAUCAAACUAUCCACAUGCUCCACCUAUGGUAUAUUACUACUCUGGUGGACUCCGCCUGAACCCGAACUUGUAUGAAUGUGGGAAAGUCUGCCUGAGUCUAUUGGGGACUUGGUCUGGGGACCGAAAUGAGGAAUGGAUACCAGGAAGAUCUACCAUGCUUCAAGUUUUGGUGUCCAUACAAGCUCUGAUUCUGAAUGCAAGACCCUUCUUUAAUGAGCCGGGAUAUGAGUCAAGCUACACUGGAGAAAGAGGGGUGAAACAGUCCAGGGAGUACAAUGAAAACGUGUUUAUUUUGUCGCUCAAGACAAUGAUGUACAUCCUAAGAAGGCCACCCAGGUACUUUGAAGAGCUUGUGAAGGGGCAUUUCCAGCAGCGUGCGCAUAACAUUCUGAUAGCAUGCAGAGCUUAUGCAGAAGGCAAUGCACCAGGUACGAUUACUAUCAAAGACGGGGUGGCAGAUCUUAGUCAUGCAGAUAAGGUCGCCUCGGCCAAUUUCAAGGCACAAGUAAAGAAGUUCAUCAACGUUCUCAUUACCAACUUUUCGAGAUUUGGGAACAUUGACUGUGAGCAGUUUAGAGUGAGUGAUUGACAGAGAAAGUGAGGAGCUUUGUUUAGAGUGGGGGUAGGGAGGGAUUUGCAGUACAGAAGAAAAGGGUAGGUGAGGGGACAUGUGGACUUAGUUUCAGGUGGGUAGAGUGGUGCCUUGAGAAAAAGGUUCAUGUCCUCUUGGAGUUGUGCCAUUGUUCAUUAGCUUCUUUCUUGUCUAGUCUCUUUUGUCAGCCCCAGAGACUGAUUUGGGUUGAUCUAGGCGGUAGGAUUGUAAAGGAAAUCAUAAGUAGGAUUUCAAGAAUCGAAUGAUAAUAGCAGGCCAGCUUCAGGGUGUAAAAUCCCUCUAUUUUCUUUGUUAAAACGACGAAUUUCUGGUUGUGGCUUUAUCUCUUGGAUUGUUCUUUGUUCAGAGAUCUGCAUGGAUUCUGUUCUGACUGCUGAUCAUUAGAAGAGAGGCAAAGAAGAGCGGCAAGUUAUUUCAUUUACCACCAUCACCACCAAAACAACAAUUCUUGAUAAUUACAACACCCGAUACAGAAGAUUAUUGUUUAUUUGAGGAUGUCUGUGAGGCCAUGUUGGUUGACAGACAGACAGUGGUGGUGCUAGUAGGAGGAGAGUUCAAACUUGUCAAAUGACCUGAGGAAGCCCAGAGCCGCAUCUCUGGCCUGUUCCGGGGGAGGGGUUGAAGGUGAGAGUGGCUCGAACUCGACCUUCCACUCAGCAAUGCAUUUGUGGGACUCGUGCCCUUUGAGAGGGAUGAAGGAGAAGGUGACCCUGUAUGGAUCGUACUUGUCCCUCAGGUCGCCGCCGAUGACCCUGUACGUCACGGAGCGGCCGGGUUCCACCUUCUCUAUCUUCUCCGUCGAUUCCUUCACGUAGCUCUGCACAGCAGGUCCGAGCUGGAAGAGCCUGAGGCUGCCUGGGCUGCCGUCGCCUUGGAUGUACUUGGCAAGGGAAAGCAUCUGAGGGUUGAUGUUGCUGAUGACGUCGUUGUCUCUGUACAUCUCCCACGCUCUCUGGGCUCCCAUGUUCAGCUCCACUUCUCCUUUCAAGCUCUGCAUCUCUCUUUGGUUUGGAGUGAUGAAUGGGAAAUGAGAGGGGAGACUGAGUGGGCCGUAUAUAUAUAGAGGGAGGAGUGCUAAGACUUGGAAUGUGGGCAAUCAGACAAGUUGGUGAUACUAUUAAAAUGAGAGAGAAACAAGGCAGAGAAGAAAGAUCUUCCGCAAUUCUCUCGAUUCUGCAAAUGAAAGGGAACUAAUUCUAUCUCCAUCUCUAGCUAGCAGCUAGCUAGUCGUCAUAUGGAACAUAUAUAUGGGCCUGCCUGUCAACAUAUGCUAUGCUAUACAACAAAGCUGCAGAGGGGAUCGGAAGGCCGCCCUUUUGCGCAGUGGAAGAAUACAAGAGAUCAGAUAUGCAUCUUCUAGCUUCUUCUUGUUUUGUUUUUGGUUUGGUUUCUUUCUUUCGUACGUCGUUGUGUUCCAUUGGAAUGUGGGUGUGAUGAUAUUAGGUCACGUGUCGUGGGUCACGGAUAUCAUAACUGCUUUACUUGGCAUUUGCAUAUGCAUGGAUAUGGUGGAGCGGAUGAUGAUGCCACGCCACUGUUGACUAUCUUCUGUAUUUCUAUGGCCUUUCAACUUUAUAUGCACUUGUCCACAUAGUGAUAGUGAUGGCAAAUGGGUGGGGUGAGUCUAGUAUCCGGAUUUGAUGACUAAGAGGUGUUUAGUUAAUUGACUAAGUCCCCUUGGCAACCACAUCUUUAGUUGAUGGAUUCGUGCUACCCGAACUGCAGAUUGCUCCCGAUCCUCCGCCAAUUGCUUCUCUACUGCAGCUACUGCACGAGAGGCCUCACCCAUCCUCUUCACUGCUGUCUGCUGAUAUCAUCCGGACACAAGAAUACACUGACUGCUUCACCACUUGCAAACGAACGAAGAUCAGUAGUACCUUACUAGUAUAAUUUAAAACAUAUGCAAUAAUUUUUUAUUUGUAGAAAGACACGGUCAUCUCCGGAUUUUUAUAGUGAUCGAUACCGAGGGCCUCCAAAACGCUUCUUGCUUUAGAACCACCGAUGGGGGCAGAAAU